CAACAAUAACAUUGACGCAAAUUGCUUCUCUGUUGUUAGCUUUCUGUAGUUAGGGUUGGGGAUUGCAAAAGAAUCCAUCGGAGCCAUCAUCUUCCUCGUCAAUCAUGGCGUCCACUACAGCAGGCCGUUUCUUCAUCCCUUUGUUGUCGAUGGUACUCAUCCAACUGGGAUUACUCUUGCCGGUAGCUGGAAGACCUUGCAAGACUCUGUUAGUCUACUCUGACUCGUUUACCCUGACUAGAGAACCCAUCUUUCGCCUCAACCCUAAUCCCACACGCGAUGUCAUUUACGUCAAUCUCCCGACCUCCGAUCCGUCAUCUUCCUCCUCGGGAUUCGUGACAAUCUUCACCACCGCUUUCCCCGCCGUCCAACACGAUUCUAAACCCGGUUUCUUCCUCGGUCACCGCGGAUUUCCUACAGGAUCGAGCCAAGUACAGCGACAGGAGCGCAAGCAAGGGAACACUCUGGGCGUUUUCGAUUUGAGCUCUCUACGAGAUCGGUCUAAGGACAUUCUCAGCGUCGUCAUCGCUUUGCUUUUUGGGGUCGGCUGCGGUGCCCUCACAGCUGUUACCAUGUACAUGGCUUGGUCUCUGUUCUCAAACAAUGGGGGUCACUAUCUCCAGGAAUCGGAUGAUGAAUAUGAUUUCGAUGUGAGCCCUAAGAAAAUGGGGUACGUCAAGAUUCCUGCCGCUAAUCCUUCCUCUUUCCCGUCCAAAGCAUGAAAGUCCAAUCAAAUAGUCUGUCUGAUAAAUUACUUACAUGGUACAUUUAAAUAAGAUGUGUACGCUACUCUGUUUGUACGCUCCUAUUGUAAGGGCCUGAACUGGACGCAUUGCUGCACUACUAUACUAUCUAUUCGCCACAACUUAAUUGUUCGAUUUCCAUGUUCCAAUCGCAAAUUUAUGGCA